AUGCGUGCAACCGUACUCGGUCUAGCUAGACGGCAGCUCCUACAUCCCCAACCUCGGCACAUCAACCAGUUCCGCCUGCUGUCUUCUACAGCUGUCCGCCGCGAUGUCCCCUCUUGGCCAAACCCUCCUGUCCCUCAAUCGCCCGUGGGGCCUUCAGACAGCCUACAGCCACAAGGAGGAUCUAGCGGAAGCGGAAAGGGGAAGGAGCGCUGGUGGGACGACUGGCUGAAGAGCGCUUCUUUCCAAGCCGCUUUGACUACCAUCGUUGGUCUGGGGAUGGUGUUCGGUUCGGGUAUAGGAUACCUUGAAUGGUACAAGGAUCAUGUUCUCAGGAGGAUCAUGAGGGCGUUCGAACCAGGUUAUGAUCCGGCACUGGAACUGUCCAAAUUGAACGGCCCAAAUUCGAGUCAUGUGAAGCGCAGAGAACAGCCCCUCAUUGAUCGAAUUGUUCGAGGUGAAGAGAAGGGUGGUUACUAUCUGAUCAUCGGCCCCAAAGGCAGUGGUAAAGGAACGAUGGUCCUAGACGCUAUGAGAAAGAUCAACGCCGACGGCGUCUCUUUCUGUGAAUCACAUCCCGACCUUGAAGUGUUCCGCCUGCGGUUCGGAAAAGCUCUCGACUUUGACUUUUACGAAGAUUGGCAAGGGUCCCUCUUCUCUCGAGCAGACCCUCGAAACGGUGGCCCUGCACUGGACAUUGAGAGGGCUCUGAACAAACUCGAGAAGGUCGCGCUGAGGUAUGCGCUGAAGAAUGGCAGGCCUUUGGUUAUGGCUUUCAACAACAUUCAUCUCUUUCCGAACACGGAGGAAGGACACAGCUUGAUCCAUCAGCUUCAACAACGAGCUGAAGCCUGGGCCGAAGGCGGCAUUUUGACCAUGGUCUUUUCGAGCGACGACUACUGGUGCCUCGACGUCAUGAAGAAGAACGCUUCCCGUAUGCGAAUUCUCUCCGUGUACGACCUUUCCGCUACAGAGUCUCUGCGAGCACUGCGCCACCUGCGUCGGCAGGAGAUUACCCACCGGUUGUCCAAAUCGGGCACGGGUGGGGAGGUGCAGUUGGAAAGUGACCAGGAAUUUAGGAGGGUAUAUGAACUCGUAGGUGGAAGGACAAGCUACCUCGCCAGGGUAGCUAGGGCGGAUAACAUGAUCGACGAGGCCGAGGCCAUGAUUGAGAGCGAAAAGCAGUGGCUCUUGUCAAAGAUUGGUCUGAUCCCCGAGCAUGACGAUGAUGUGAUGGACGAGCAAAAGUGGGCGAGUUGCUCUUGGCUCAUCCUCCGCCACCUCGCCCAAGCCGGUCCUGCCCUUACCCCUUACCCACCGGCAUUGCCUUCGAUACCAUCCAAGGACGAUGUCGAGUAUCGCCCCGUCCCCGACAACGACGGCGAACACGUCCGAUCGUCCAGUUCUGUCAACAUCACUCCUCCUGUAGAGAUAUCGAGCGAGGACCUAGUACUACCGAAGGUCACUUUUGAAGAGGCCAGGAGGAUUAUGACGAGGGCAGACUUUUUGGGGGCGCUUGAUCACUACCAUGUGGUCGCGAUUGAUCUUCAACACAAUGUCCGCCCUGAUUCGACCCUCUUGUUGCGUGCGGCGCAACAGGUGGUUGCUGUGGAAGGCUUUGACAAGGAUCUGGACACAACGCGAGACCGUGUCGACCAGAUUGAAGGCUUGCAUCGACAGAACGAGCUGACGGUCAAGGAGCCUUUCCGGGUAAUGUUUGACAAACGAGAUGGGAAGCCGGUAUGGGAAGUCAUCGGUCUUGGGGAGAGCUUUGUGCCAGAGGGAGAUGACGAGGAGGAAGAGCGACAAGUUUGA